AUGGCAACUAUGAUUGGUGACCUGGUCUCAGGACUAAGCCCACUUGGCACGAAAGGACUUUGCCUGUUGUCGCUAGAUGGGGGUGGUGUCAGGGGACUGUCGAGUCUGCUUAUACUGAGAGAUAUUAUGACUCAACUCAAUGCAGAGCGCGAUGAUAACCAGGACCUGAGGCCCUGUGAUGUGUUCGAUUUGAUUGGGGGCACAAGCACGGGAGGACUGAUUGCUAUUAUGCUGGGGAGAUUGGAAAUGGGAGUUGACGAGUGCGUUCUUGCAUACACCGAGUUGAUGGAAUCAGUCUUCAGCGAGAAGCUCAACAACUUGCCUGUCGACUGGGCUGGGAACAUCGUACCGCAAUAUGACAGCAAAAAGCUCAGAGAUGCAAUCGAAAAUGUCAUCAUUCGAGCAGGCUUGUCACCAAACGACCCUUUGGAUGAAGACAAUCCUGACCGAUGCCGGAUGUUUGUGUGUACAACCUCGAAAGAGACCUUGCAGGUUGCUCGUCUUCGAAGCUAUUCUGUUUCAAACGAAGACAAUGUACCGGUGACAAUCUGCGAAGCCGCAUUGGCAACUUCGGCAGCAACGGGGUUCUUUGACCCAGUAACAAUUGGAAACCGCGAAUUUGUCGAUGGUGCAUUCGGUGCCAACAAUCCAAUCGAAGAAGUCGAGGAAGAGGCCGCAGAUAUCUGGUGCAACGAGAGUCGUGAACUUAAGCCUCUGGUCAAAUGUUUCCUUUCCAUAGGGACAGGAAAUCCCGCACAAGUUCCCGUUGACAAUAAGAUGUUCAAGUUUCUCUCAAAAACACUCGUGAGAAUGGCCACAAAACCCGAAAGUACUGAGCGUCGCUUUAUGGCUCGAUGGAAUAAUGGGUCGAAUGAGCAGUGUUAUUUCCGCUUCAACGUGGAACAGGGACUACAGGGGGUUAAUAUGAAUGAAUGUCAAAAGCGCAGCGUCAUUGAAUCAGCUACCCAUGCCUACCUUCAUCACUCAUCUCAGAAGUCAAAUGUCCAGAGCUGCAUCUUGAAUCUGUCAAGCAAGCAAGGUAAACUUAGGUUUUAUUAUCCCGCACGAGAGAAUAAUGAUGCUUACUAUCCACAGGGGAAACUGAUAUCGACUUUGAGGUCGCCAUGCUGGCAGGUUCCAUUUGACAGAAAUCCUCGAUAUGUGAACCAGGAAAUUACUCGCAAGAUCAAAAAGAGAGUGUUUUCCGAGUCACACUCCGCCAAAAUUGCUCUAUUUGGGCUUGGUGGUGUCGGUAAGACCCAAAUCGUGCUUGAGACGGUGUAUCAGAUCCGUGAGAUAUACCCAGAUUGCUCGAUUUUCUGGCUCUCUGCCGUAGACAUGGAAUCACUCCACCAAGCAUACCUGAAGAUGGCAUAUGAGCUAGGUAUAGACACCUCCGACCCAAACGGGGAAGAUGUCAAGAUUCUUGUACAAAAACACCUCAGCCAACCAGCAUCUGGAAGAUGGCUGCUCAUUUUCGACAAUGCAGACGAUCACGACAUGUGGAUCGGGGGCAAAAAUCCAGGAUCGGAGACGCUCAAAGAUUUUCUCCCAGUCAGCGAUCAAGGCGCCAUUGUGUUCACAACACGAAGCCACAGGAUAGCCCAUCACCUCAGCCCUGGGGAAAUUAUUGAGAUAACCGAAAUGAACGAGGAAAAGGCCACACAGCUUCUACGGAAUAACCUGAUCAAGAAAGAGCUCCUGAAUGAUACUGAUGGCACCCGAAAACUUCUUGACCGUUUGACCCAUCUCCCAUUGGCAAUCGUCCAAGCAGCUUGUUUCAUGAACGAGAACUUCACAUCAGUUCAAGGCUAUCUGAAGUUGAUAGACGGCCAGGAACAGACUGUCAUUGAUCUGCUGAGCGCAGACUUCGAAGAUGAAGGUCGAUACAAAAGUAUUCGAAAUCCCGUGGCAACCACAUGGCUUACGUCCUUUUUUCAAAUCCAACAAAAAUACCCACUCGCUUCGGAAUACAUGUCUUUGAUGUGCUGCAUGACCGGGCAAGAUAUACCGAUAUUUCUUCUGCGUGGGGACGAUGCUCUUGAACGAGAGAAGGCAAUUGGAAUUCUUGUCUCUUAUUCCUUUAUCCGCGUACGGGAAGCGGAAGAGACUGUAAGCAUGCAUCGCCUUGUGCACCUGGCCACAAGAAACUGGCUCGGAUCUGCCAAUGUAUUGCAUUCGUGGGAAAGUGCGGUACUUCGUCAUAUUUAUAAAAGUUACCCCCGAGGCGACGAAUCUCUCAGGAACGUGUGGAGAUCAACAGUGCCCCAUGCUCUUCAUAUACUCGAACUGACGGCAAAUGGAGAGCCUACAGCAACCAGAGGCUUGCUUUUGAAAGUCGUCGGUCAGUGUCACAUAGACGAUGGCCGAUAUAAGGAAGCCGUGAAGCUGUUCAAGGAAGCCUCUGCCAUAGCAGAAAUUGUCUAUGGUCCUGAAAGCGAUACGUGUGCCCACCUCCUUUACGGGCUAGCAAGAGGAUACCGAAUGCAGGGGAAGACCGAGAAAGCCACCGUUCCAACCAAAAGGCUCGCCGAAAUAACCAUGAAAAUAUAUGGUCCUGGUCACUUGGAAACCUCGCGUGCGAAUGUGGAAGUAGCAUGUUUACAUUGGAACAAAGGAGAGAUCUUGGAAGCCCAAGAGCUUUGGACCAACGCGACCAAGAAUUACCUGAAGCAAUUGGGCCCCCGCAAUCUGGAAUCAAUCCAUGUUGCAGGUCUUGUGGUUGGCACAUAUAACCAGCAGGGAAGAAUCUCAGACGCCGGAGAGCUCGCCUUGCAAGUGCUGCAAAUGUCCAAAGCAACUUUCGGGAUCGAUCACCUCCAAACAGCCUUUGACAUGUGCAAUCUAGCACAUACCUACAUUCAGCUAUGGCGACUGAAAGAGGCCGAGGAGUUGUAUAGGACAGCGUUCGAAACUAACAAACGACUUGCUGGUCCUGAGCACCCAUACACAGUGGCCACUAUGUCGUAUUUGGCAAACGCAUGGGCUCUGCAGGGACUUCAAAAGCAGGCCAUCGCCAUGAUGACAGAAUAUGCUCAGUUGAUGAACCAGUCUCAUGGGCCGGAUUAUCCCGCCACGCGUAACCUGAAGUCAUUUCUCAGAAAUCGUUGGAGCGGAAUGAGACGGGCGGAUAUGAUGCGACAGCGAAGAAGUCUGUAUCCUAAAGUGAAGGUUUAUGGGCUGUAUCGCGUUGCGCGACAGACGAAAGAUGGCUCUUUACUUCGGGAUAUCAAACAGGCACUUGCAGACCUCCAUGUGGAUAGGUAG